GGCUGCCAAAUCUGUGGAGCAAUGGCAAAAUGUCUGGCGCGACCUAAAAAGUCGAACAUCGACGCGAGUUCGUGAUCGUAAGAGGGAGCAAGCAUUGACGGGGAAUAUACCGCUUCAACAGCCUCCCUUGAACGAAUUGGAGAAGCGGGUAAUAGCUCUAGUGGGAAGCAGCUAUAUGGAGGGGCAACCGGAUGUCCAGGAGAAUAUUCCCAUGGAAGAGGAACUGCAAUUAACAUUGGGGGCGGCGGAUGAAAAUUUCCGCUUAGUCAUGGAGGAAGACACCAUGGUAAUUCCUCCACUAACGGUGUCGGAUGGCGAGUCGGAAAUUCGGUGCGAAACUCCGAAAACGCCGAGGCAAACACCGCGCAGAACCGCUAAGCGGAAACGUGCGGAAGAAUCGCCAACAAAGGCGAAAUUUUUAAGAAUUGCCGAGGCACAGGCCGAAUCAGAAAAGAGGCUUGCUGAAAGUGCUGCAACCAACGCGGAGGCCAACCGCUCCAAUGCUGAGGCAAUAAGCAGAAUGGCUGCUGCCACAGAGCGAAUGGUUACCGCAACUGCAACAAUGGCAGAGGCCUUCACGGUGUUGGCGGAGGGGGUGAAAGCUUGUGCGCAUGCUUUCGCCCAGUUUACUAAUUCACUGGGCCCUCCCCAAUAG